GUGUCAAGUGUUGACGUUUGAUUCGGUUCGCAAGUUGACAGCAAGUAUAAAUAUCGGCUGCCCAUUUUAUAUCAAAUUGUAUAAUUAAUGAAUAAUAAAAAUUGAGUAACCAUGGGUUCUAGACAAAUAACAGAAAAGUCAUUAGCAAUGCUGAGAUCAUUGCCAAGGGUAUCAUUAGGCAAUAUACGUGAUAAUCCUGGAAGUAAAAAAGAUUCUAAACGAGGACGAGGGCAACAUGGUGGAGAUAAACAUGGUGCGGGAAAUAAAGGUUCUGGUCAACGACAAAAUUAUAUGAGGUUGGGAUAUGAAACUGGAAAUAAUCCUUUUUAUUUAAGAAUGCCACAAGAACACUACUACAGAGGACAUCAUCUUCGCAGACAAUACCCACCAUUAUCACUACUAGAUGUUCAAAAAUUAAUAGAUAGAGACUGCUUGGAUAUAACUAAACCUAUAGAUUUGGCAAUGCUUGUUAAAUCUGGACAGUACAAUUUCUUUCCGGACCAGAAACAUUUCGGAGUCAAUCUAACAGAUGAGGGUGCUGAUAUUUUUGCAGCCAAAGUAAACAUUGAAGUUCAGUGGGCAAGUGAACAAGUCAUAGCAGCUAUUGAAAAAAAUGGAGGUGUUAUAACAACUGCUUAUUAUGAUCCACACAGCCUAUUUCUGUUGAAAAACCCUAAAAAGUUUUUUGAAAGUGGACAAGCUAUCCCAAGGAGAAUGAUUCCACCACCAGAUGCUAUAGAAUUUUACACAAGUGCAGAAACUCGAGGAUAUUUAGCUGAUCCAGAAAGAGUAUCACAAGAAAGGUUAAGAUUAGCCCAGAAGUAUGGAUAUGAAGUAAAGCAGUUGGAGAACGACCCACAGUAUGAAAUGUUAGUUGAAAGAAAGGAUCCAAGACAAAUUUUUUAUGGUCUUGAACCAGGUUGGGUUGUUAAUUUAAAAGAUCAAUGUAUUUUGAAACCUAAUGAUGCUGAAUUACAACGCUUUUAUGCAUCUUAAAUUUUGCUUCUAAUUCUAGGUAAGAGACUAUCUGAUAGGAUCAAAGAAGAUAAUAUGUUGUUUUGGAUAGUGGAAUUGUUACAAAUUUCUAUAUCUAGUAUUUUUUUAGCAAAACUAUUGUUUUAUAACUUACAUAAUCACAUGUCUACGAAGGUAAAUAAAUAUUUAAGUAAUUAUCUAUAUGUUGUCUUGAGAAUAAAUUAAGAUACUACAAUGAUAAACAAUAUAUUAUGUCAUGGUUUUGUUGUUUGGAAAUGAGAUAGAUGAGUAUUGGAAUCUUUCAAUAUCUCAAUACUUUCCUGAAAAUCUGACUUUAGUAAAACGAAAGUUACAAAAAAAAAAUAAAAGUUACACUAUGUAAACAUGUCAAUAGCAAAAUAUUUUGUGACUAAUAGGGUUAUAUCGUGAAAAAGGUUAAAAAACAAUGAUAUAAACAAUAAGGUUCAGAAUAUGUCUGCCUCAGCCCCAUCAUAAAAAGAUUACAAUUUGUUUUUGUUUUGUGAAAUUUAUAUAAAAAUAUCACUUCCAACACUCAUUUCUCUUUGUAUAAGUGCUUUUUUGAAUUAGUUUAAUAACUAGU